AUGGGGAUGUCCAACUCUGUACAAGAAGCAGAAGGGGGAAGUCCUCCUUCAGUCAUUAGCAAGGAAGGAGUGGUUUCAGCUCAACAGGACAUGGUUAACCCUGCGACAGUACCCGGCAAUGUCACUGGCUCACAGAGUUCAGCACCAACCGCAGCCAGGAAGAGGAAACUCCGCAGAACUCUAGAUCCACUUACAGCCGAGAUCAUUGAAUUACCACCCUCUGCCCUCUUGGCAUCACACAACUUCGUCUGCAGGGUUUGUAGCAAGAGCUUCCAAAGAGAGCAGAAUCUGCAGCUCCACAUGAGGGGCCACAAGCUUCCCUGGAAAUUGAAGAUGAGAACCAUCACAGAAGAUAGGCAAAGGAUAUAUAUCUGCCCUGAGGCCACCUGUCGACGCCACAAUCCGGCAUUUGGACUCGGGGACUUCCCCGGGAUUCGGAAGCACUUCUGCAGGAAGCAUGGAGAAAGGAAAUGGAAAUGUGGCAAGUGCCCCAAGGCAUAUGCAGUUCAUUGUGAUUUGAAAGCUCAUACCAAAAUUUGUGGCCAAAAAAAGUAUAGAUGUGACUGUGGUUCAUCCUACGCUAGGAAAGUCAGUUUCAUGGCACAUAAAAGAUCCUGCAAAGGACCAAUGAAAGAAGAAGAUGAGGUAAAGCAACAAGAAGAAUCCCCGGAUGAAGGCAAUGUUCAGCAUACAGACGCUGCUGAAACCGGGGCGGGUGCAGGAGGAGGUGGAUCCGGGUUUCAAACGCCUGAUCUAAACCAUGACACCGGAUACGCAACAGGAUCCAAAUUCACGGUAUUGGAUUGGAACCGUCAAACUGGAAACCCACAAGUAGCCUUCUCAGACGAUCACAUGGCAAUCUCCUGCAUGAACAUGGGAGGCACGUACUUGGCUAGCUCUGGCUCUUUGUUCGGGCAAACAUCGUUCAAUCCUUACUCGUUAGACCUUCAUCUGGGCAGAUAUGGAAUGACAAGCUUCAACUACAUGAACUAUGAAAAUGGCAGCCUUAGCGGUAGCGGCGGUGGCAGCGGCGGCGGUGGCCUCUAUAAAUCGCAGUUGGCAUGGAUGCAGACAGCAGCACCAAUGGAUGCCAUUUCCAACAUCAACAGUGAUUGCCCCGGAAUGCUCCAAAAAAACUUUGUUUCAGAUAUGGCUCCUUCAGGUCCCAAUCCUAGAUGUAACAAUUGGCCCUAUGCAGGAAACAGCACUGAGCAGAUUACUUCAACUGUCCAACUCACGCAUCAAACCAGUCAAGAGCAAUAUCAUCAAAUUCCUCAUCUUUUUGAAGUUGGCGAUGAAUAUUAUUCAACUCAGUUGCCACAAAACCAGAUAGCAGGCUUUCCCUACCAAUACUGUGACAAUAUUACGGCUAUUGACGACUCGCUCUUGCCUUAUGAUCCUGGAAUGCACUCAUCCUCUGCUACACUAUGGCUGCCCAUGGACGGUGAGCAUUGCUUCCCUGGGAAGAUGGUAUCUGAGAAUACUGAUGAAUUGCAGAAUCAGGAUCUGAACAUGGGGAUUCAAGGAGUGCACCAGUUAGCUCAUGCUGGAGCUUCCAUGCCCGGGUUCACAUGGGAUGGCAUUGGAACAACUAAGCCUGAGACAGGAGACGGAAUUGGAAUUGAUUUUUCUAGAAUCGGACCAGAACCAUGGAAAGUCCAUGAAGAAUACCAACACCAGCAACUGCCAAUGGAAUUCGACCAUGGAAGCCAAGAAGAACUGCAAAACGAGCAGCUGCCUCAUUCUGAUCCUUCCAUUGAGAAAGCCCCAUCGGAUGCAUGA